AUGCCCACCGUUCAAGAGCCAACACAACAGGAGCGGAUGGAAGCCAUCCCCCAGGACGGCAGUGUAGUGAAGAAGGUCAUUUGUGAGCAGCCAAAAGCUGAGCCACUCCCACAGGCGGAUAACGAGAUUUCGAUGCGUGGCGGCGGUAUGAACAUUGGGUUUACCUGUUGCGGUGGAUCGUGUUCAUUCCAUAAGCACUGCUGUUAG